GUCAAAUGUGGUCGAAUGUCAAUAAUAAAAAUUGAGGUUAGACUUCUAAAUUAUUUUAAAUAUAUUAAUUGCAAAGAAUGGAGGGAAAAGAGUCAUUUGGCAUGGAUAUUAAAACACCUAUAAAUGUUACAUUGAGCGCAUUUUAUAAAAGAAGUUUUGCAUUUCACACCAUUAAAGACCGUAUCCCGAUCAUUUUAACAGAAACUAUUGAUUCGUUGAUUAGAAAUAAAAAUGAUAUAUUGAAGUUUUAUGGUUUGGAUGGUAUUGAAGAGCUAAAAUUAAUAAUUGGAGAAAUAUCUAAGCUAAAGUAUGAGAUACAAACCAAUAAACCUAUUUUAAAAAUUGAAGGAACUACAGAUGCGGCUCUUUACAAUCAAUUUUUAGAGGAACAAAUGAUAAAAAUCCAAGAACCAACUCCGUUCAAUGCUCAAUGGUUACAUUUGGAAUGUUAUGUUUAUCGCAGAUUAAUGGCUGCUAUUCAAAAAACGAAAAUUAUUCCGGAUUUAGAUCCCUUUAUUUGGAAAAAAGAGGAAUCUUUUGCAAAAUCCUUAGAAUUACACAUUCAAUUGGGAAAUAUGGUAGAUAAAGUUUUAAAUGAUACAGAAUGUGAUCUGCAAAAGGAAUUCACUAAAUUAUUAAAGUUAAAUUUAUGGGGUAAUAAAUGCGAUUUAUCAAUUACUUAUGGUGUAGUUAGAGAAGAAGAUAGCCAUGUUGACAAUCUUGAGAAAUUAAAUACUAAACUGCUGUCUGACGCCUCUGAAGACAUAUGGAAUGCAAUUUCUACUUCAACAGAAGAGGAUUCUUCAAUUGUUGAUAUCGUUUUAGAUAACACUGGGUAUGAAUUUUUCUGCGAUUUGUGUUUAGCGGAUUUCUUAGUAGAAAAGAAAUUCGCAGAAACCAUUCGUUUUUACGUCAAAAGCUUUCCGUGGUUCAUCUCGGACGUGACGAGGCCGGAUAUCGAUUGUAUGUUGCGGCAAUUACAAUCAAAUAAAAACGCCACCUUAAGGAAGUUAGCAGACCGUUGGUUAAACUAUAUACAAGCAGGUGUUUGGACGUUGGAAAGUUCCGAUUUUUGGACGCUACCUUACACCUAUAAAGAAAUGCGCCGAAUCGAUCCAGAUUUAUAUCGAAAAUUAUCCGAGGCAAAGCUAGUCAUUUUUAAAGGAGAUCUUAACUAUCGGAAAUUACUUGGAGAAAAAAAUUGGCUUUAUACAACUCCAUUUCCGGACGCCUUAGACGGAUUUUACCCAACUAAACUUUGUGCUUUAAGGACUUUAAAAGCGGAUUUAGUAUGUGGCUUAAAUCCGGGUGUUGCUGAGGAAGCAGAAGAAACUGAUAAAAAUUGGCUAAUUGAUGGCAAAUUUGGUGUUAUUCAGUUUUCCAAUCUUAUUGAGAAAAUUUAAUUAAAAAAUGUGAUUUCAUUGUUACUUUA